UUGCGUUACGGGCAAAACUUGAAACAUACAGAUAAAUAUUACUUUCAAAACCGAAUCAGGAAGGCUUUUAGGGAAAAUAAGGAAUUGAAUGAUGAAAAAAGCAUCGAUUUCCAAUUGCAGAAGGGAUACGCUCUUUUAAAAAACAAGAAUGUAGUGUAGAAAAUGGCCUCUAAUAUCCCAAAAAUCUUGCAGUAUUUGUCUCUGCAAUUUAACAGUCUGCUUUACCGAACUUCGAUCAAAAACUCUACAAGUUUUUCAAAUCCAUUUGGUGAUCUGAAAAAACAUGUACACUUCAUUCAGCUUCGUUUCAAAUCGUACAAAAAGAACUUGGAUCUCUCAAAAGUGCCAACACUCAAUGAAAAUGAUCUGAAAGAGCAAUUUGUUCGAGGAAGUGGUCCAGGAGGACAAUCUACAAAUAAAACAUCAAAUUGCAUUGUUCUGAAGCAUAAACCUACAGGUAUAGUCGUAAAAUGCCACGAAACCAGAAGUCAGUUGCAAAAUCAAAAAAUAGCUCGAGAAAUCAUGACUACGAAAUUGGACAAUUUGCUGAAUGGAGAAAACUCUGUCGAAUAUCAAAAGAAAAUGUUAAUGGAAAAGAGUUCCUUGGAAAGGAAAAGGAGGCAGAAGAAAAUGUUAGAGUUGAAGAAAUCAUUUAAAGAACGUGAGGGGCUGACUUGAUUUUUUCAGUGUAGUUACAAAAAUAUAUCACGUACAAUCUUACAUACUUCAGUAAUAAAGUACAGUCUUAUUUUGAA